AUCAGGAACCAGUCCCAGUUUGGGAGGCUGAAGAAGAAGAUGAUGGGCUCCAAAAUGGCCUCUGCCACUCUUACUCUCUUCUUAGCUAUUGUGUGUGUGAGUGCUAACAACUACGUUUACUCCUCUCCGCCUCCUCCUCACUCUCCACCGCCUAAGCCUUACAUCUACCACUCUCCUCCGCCGCCUCCGGUGGUGCACACCCCUCCUAAGGCACCAUACCACUACCCAUCUCCUCCUCCACCGGUUUAUCACUACAAGUCUCCACCACCACCACCCAAUAAGCCUUACAAGUACCCGUCUCCACCGCCGCCGGUGCACGUGUAUCCUCCCAAAGCUCCUUACCACUACAAAUCUCCACCACCUCCUCCUAAGAAGCCAUACAAGUAUCCUUCCCCUCCGCCACCGGUCCACCACUACACUCCUCACCCGGUCUACCACUCUCCUCCGCCACCAAAAAAGCCUUACAAAUAUCCAUCUCCUCCUCCUCCGGUUCACCACUACACCCCCCAUCCGGUCUACCACUCUCCACCACCACCGAAGAAGCCAUACAAAUACCCAUCUCCUCCUCCACCAGUUCACCAUUACGCCCCUAAACCGGUUUACCAUUCUCCACCACCACCCAAGAAGCCUUACAAGUACCCAUCUCCACCUCCACCGGUUCACCAUUAUGCCCCCACCCCUGUCUACCACUCUCCACCACCUCCAAAAAAGCCAUACAAGUACCAAUCUCCUCCUCCUCCAGUUCAUUACGCUCCGCCCAACGGUUACCAUUCUCCACCACCACCCAAGAAGCCUUACAAGUACCCAUCUCCUCCUCCCCCGGUUCACUAUUACGCACCUAAACCGGUUUACCAUUCUCCACCACCACCCAAGAAGCCUUACAAACACCCAUCUCCUCCACCGGUUCACCAUUACGCUCCUAAACCGGUUUACCAUUCUCCACCACCACCCAAGAAGCCUUACAAAUACCCAUCUCCUCCUCCGCCGGUUCACCACUACACCCCCCACCCGGUCUACCACUCUCCUCCACCUCCAAAGAAGCCAUACAAGUACCCUUCUCCUCCUCCCCCGGUUCAUCACUAUGCUCCCCACCCGGUCUACCACUCUCCGCCACCACCCAAAAAGCCUUACAAGUACCCAUCUCCACCUCCUCCGGUGUACCAUUAUGCCCCCCACCCAGUCUACCACUCUUCACCACCACCACAGAAGAAACCAUAUAAGUAUCCUUCUCCUCCUCCUCCGGUUCAUCACUAUGCUCCCCACCCAGUUUACCACUCUCCACCUCCAAAGAAGCCUUACAAGUACCCUUCUCCACCUCCACCGGUUCACCACUACACUCCUCACCCGGUCUACCACUCUCCACCACCUCACAAGAAGCCAUACAAAUACCCAUCUCCUCCACCACCGGUUCACGUCUACCCUAAGCCCCACCCACACCCACAGCCUCACCCAAAACCACACCCAUACCCACACCCUAAGCCGGUUUACCACUCUCCUCCUCCGGUUCACAAGCCCUACAUCUACGCUUCCCACCCCCUCCGUACCACUCCUAGAUAGUUCCUUCCCUCAGCUCUCUUUUGCUCCACUUGGAUCGUAGAGUCCGAGUAAAUAAAGAAAGCGAUGGACAGAACGAACGAAGCCCCUUUACAAUACGGCAGAAGGCGAAAGUUGAAUGGAAGCAAAGUUUCCGCGUUUUGUAUUAGGGGAAAAAAGUUGUGUUCAAUUAUUUAUUCCACAGUUUCUUUGGUUUUUGUUUUAUGAUGUAAUGUGACAGUUGUGAGGCACUCUGUUCCGUCAUGUAUUUCGUCCUUUUGGUGAAAUAUCAUUAUUGCUAUUAGUAAAAAAAAAAAAAAAUUUAUGCAUGAAUUGUAGUUUUCAGUCGGCUGCUUUUGCAGGGACUUGAGAAACUAAUAUAUUAAUAAAAUAAAUAUUCUCGUUCACG